AUGUUCUGGUUGGGGAUCUUCCGUAUCUCAGUGCUUGCGUGGACCGCGCUCUGCGGCAUCAUCGUGCUCGCCUUGGGUGGAAACAGUAUUUCUGUGACUCAGCAGUACUUCAACAGCUACUCCAGCUAUGCAGCCCUUGGAGUGGCGACGGGCGUGCUUGCCUUUGUAACGCUCCCCAUUAUGAUUGCCCUCGAUUUCUUCCUGAACACAUUCACGUCCUGGAUUGUAGUCGAGCUCUCGUGGCUAAGCAUCCUUUGGGUCUUGUUCCUCGCGACCGCCGCCCGCGGGCAACGACUUGACCGCGGGAUUGGCGGCGUUCGCAUUCCUCGCCUGGAUUCCCCUUAUGGCUUACACGAUACGCUGUUGGUCGUUGCAAUUCUGAACAGUGGCGAGAGCACGAACAUCUGGAAGUCCUCCGUCAAAGAUGCGUUUGAGGAUACGAAGUCUGGAAACCAGUAUCCGAUGGCAACGAACGCACACGCGGAGCCAGUUGUGCAGCCGCAGCCACAGACUGUGUAA